CCUCAAUUAUAUCUGCAGGUACCUUACCUGUUGCCCAAUAGCCUCCAAAACCAAAAACAAAAGAAAAGAUGAACAGCACGAGAUUUCUAUUCAGCAAUGGCGUCGUUUCACGCUUCUCCGAGGCUCCUCCUGUCACCACCUUCCUCGAAUCCCUUCCAGGGGCGUACACGACAACCAGAACACACGAAAAUGGAUCGACCCUUUUGUUUUGGGAAAGGCAUAUAACACGACUAGCGAAUUCUGCAAGAAUCCUACUAAAUUCAAAGCCUGAACUCAUUUUCAAGCCAACCAAGAAAUACCCAUUGUUUUUUUCUCCCUUAUCAAUCACUUCAUCAAUGAAAUGGGAGUCGAGGAUUCGAUCAUUGGUUAAUAAUUCAAUGAACCAAGUGUUACCCAUAGCUCUGAAGGAGAGGUCUGAUGGGGAGGAGUUGGCAGUUACAGCUCUUGUUUGUGGGGAUUUUGAGAAGCUGAAGGAAAUGAAGAAUGUGGGCGAUGAUGAUGGAUUUUUUGGUGUUCUUGAUGUGCAUUUGCAUGUAGGGAAUUAUGUUCCUCCGGUGUUCGGUAUAGAAGAAAAUGGGGCACAUUUGGCUUUGGUGGGUCGUGGUAGGGAUGUUGCGGCUGCUAAGUAUUCGGCCUGGGUAAGGUUAAGAAUGCCAUUGGACAAAUUGAGGCCUCCUUCGGUAACUGAGCUCUUGUUGUCAAAUGAUGGUGAUCGGAUACUUGAAGGCUGCAUAACCAAUUUUUUUGUCAUUUGCCGAAGGGAUAAGAGUGAAGCUGAGGGGAACUUCCCUCAUGAUUAUGAUAGUGCAUAUUCUGUUGAAGUACAAACAGCACCUAUUACUGAAGGUGUCCUUCCAGGAGUCAUACGACAACUAGUUAUUGAAGUAUGCUUGAGCAAGGGUAUCCCUGUGCGUGAAGUUGCACCAUCAUGGGAAAAGCAUGGACUUUGGGAAGAGGCUUUUGUUACAAAUAGCUUGAGAGUUAUACAGCAUGUUGAGACAAUUAAAGUUCCAAGUUCAUGGGAAUCUCUUGGUACAAAAUGUUCUGAAGGAAUAUCAUGGAUGGAGAAAAAAUUUGAGCAGGGUCCUGGGAUGAUCACAAAAGUCAUACAGAAAGAGAUCAUAGAGAGAGCCUGCAUGGAAAGCUACCCAUUAAAUGAGUUCCUAUAACAGACAAUGGAUUUUAAUGUGUUGUAAGAUCUUUAUGCGCAAGCAAGACAAAAACCUUGUAUAGUGUGGCAUCGAUCCCAAAGCUGAUGUUAUACUUGCAUCACAAGCAUGAAUUCCAGGUGUGAGUUUCUUGUGCCUGUUGCACAUGCUGGGUAAAUAUUUAUCAGGUUGAGGAGCUGCUACUUGAUUUCAGGACUUACAUAAUUAAAACUGAAAUUUUAUUGGAACAGAGGUAACUUUGUUUGCCUUUAGCUUAAAGUAUUCAUACAUGUACAGUCAGCCUUUUCUAAUUUUUGAUUGUUUGAUCAGUUGGCUGAUUAGAGGGGUCCUUCCCAGACUUUUGACCAAUCAUGUGGCUUGUAAAUCGACAAGAAUUAUACUUCCAUUUUGGAUAUACACUGGGUCAUUCUUGUUUUUGCC